UGGGGGGCACUGCAAGGCAGCCUAGGACCAUAUAAACAUGGACUUAAGCGAUAACCAACUGGAGGACCAAUCCUUUAUAUACAAGCACGAGCAGCUAUUCAUCGAGAGUUUUCCACUGUUCAAGGAGAUACGAAGACUGGGCAAGCUUUGUGAUGUCACUCUAAAGGUUGAAGAUCAGACAUUCUCGGCGCAUCGCGUUGUGUUGGCUGCCACUGUACCAUAUUUCUAUGCAAUGUUUACGAACAAUAUGGCCGAAAGUCGGAUCAAGGAGAUAACUAUGAAGGAGAUUGAACCUAGUGCUUUGGAGAGUUUAAUUAAUUAUGUGUACAGCGGCCAAGUGCGAAUUGAUAACCAGAAUGUGCAGAGCCUUAUGGUGGGUGCAUCUUUUCUGCAACUCUCAAAUGUACGCGAUGCCUGUGCAUCAUUCCUGAUCUCUCGAUUCCAUCCACAUAACGUUCUGGGCAUACGCACCUUUGCCGACUCCAUGAUCUGCCGCCAGCUGAUCGAUGCUGCCGAUAAGUAUAUUGACCAAAACUUUGCCAAAGUAUCCCAGUCUGAGGAGUUCUCUACGUUGGAUUGUGAGCAACUCCUGGAGCUAAUGCGUCGCGAUGAGCUGAACGUACGCAACGAGGAAGUCAUAUUCGAGGCGUGCAUGCGCUGGGUUAAAUAUGCCGAGGAAAAGCGCUCAGAGUUGUUUCCACAAGUGCUGGCCGCAGUGCGUCUACCGCUCCUGUCGCCCCAGUUUCUUGCCGAUCGUGUAGCACGCGAGGAGCUAAUACGUUCAUCACACCAAUGCCGGGAUCUGCUCGAUGAGGCCAAGGACUUUCAUUUAAUGCCAGAGCGCCGAGGUUUGCUCCAGAGCUUUCGCACCCGUCAACGUUGUGGCGAAUUCUUCACAGGUCAAAUUUAUGCCGUCGGUGGACUCGCCAGUACGGGCGAGUCAGUCAGCACUGUAGAAAUUUACGAUCCGCUCACCAAGAAAUGGAAAAUGGGCGAACAAAUGUCCAUGAUGCGUUCGCGAGUUGGUGUGGCCGUCUUAGAUGGUAAGCUGUACGCAUUCGGUGGUUUCAACGGCACUGAGCGUCUGUCCACGGUGGAAGUCUAUGAUCCUCGCAAGAACAAAUGGUCUCAGGGCUGUGCCAUGUUGUGCAAACGCAGCGCCGUUGGUGUAGCUGCUUUAGAUGAUUGCAUUUAUGUUUGCGGUGGAUACGAUGGCGUUACUUCGCUCAACACUGUUGAGGUCUACUAUCCCAAGUCAAAUACAUGGAAAACGGUGGCACAAAUGAUGAAGUAUCGUUCGGCAGGAGGAGUAACACAGCUAAAUGGCUAUGUUUAUGCCUUGGGUGGCCACGAUGGUUUGUCCAUUUUUGACUCUGUUGAACGAUAUGAUCAAAACGAGGAUGUCUGGAUUAAGAUGUCGCCAAUGCUGAAUAGACGCUGUCGCUUGGGCGUGGCCACGCUCAAUGGCAAGAUCUAUGUGUGUGGCGGCUACUGUGGCAAUUCAUUUCUGCGCUCCGUAGAAUGUUACGACCCGCUGACUGACAUCUGGAAACUGGUCACGCCCAUGAAUUGCAAAAGGUCGCGAGUUGCAUUGGCUGCCAAUAUGGGAAAACUAUGGGCUAUUGGCGGGUAUGAUGGCGAAUCAAAUUUGUCCACCGUUGAAGUCUAUGAUCCGGAGACAGACAAAUGGACUUUCAUGCCGCCAAUGUGUGCACAUAGUGGCGGUGUCGGUGCCGGCGUUAUACGUAUUGAUUAGCUUUCCUAGCCAAAAAUGCUCUCCUAGUUAUUCGUUUAGUAAAUCAAUGCAAUUACAUAAUGUAUGUGUUUGUGCAUCUCAGCUUUAGUGGUCCUUUGGUCACAGCUCUAUUUUUAAAAUUGUUUGUAUCGAUCAGGAUUGUUAAGUGUAUAUCAUUCCACUUGUAUAUUUCUGUUAGUUAGUAAUUUAUUCCUAGCUUACAAUACUCAUUAAACUAUAAACAUAUGAAUCAUAUUUCUUUUAAUCAAUCUUAUUCACACUAGUAUAUUUAAUCCACUUUGUUCUCAUGUUGCCGGUAUUAUUGCUGGGUGUAAUCCAAUUGUCCCAGAUUCAAAUACAUACAUGUCUCAUUUUUCGCAUAUCGAAUAAAUCAAUUGUUGUGUUCCAUAUG